AUGAAGAUGAUGAUUUUGUUAUGGGGGUGGUGCUUGAUAAUUCCAUGCAGUUUUUGCGUGCACCUUCCGUCGGCCAGGCUGGUAGACAAAGGACUCAGCAUACAAGAGCAACUCAAUACAUUGGAGACAUUUGCGCCAUUGAAUGAAGAGAUCGAAUACAUCAAACAUAAGGCUUAUUCAAGCACUUUGAUGUCAAAAUUUCCUCACAGAAUCACCAAAAGUCUUGUUGCUUACAAAAGAUUACGAAACCUUCAAAAACUUCAUCCCAGCAAUCGUGAAGUUUUGAUAAGCUGUAGCGAAGUUCCUCAUGACUUGAUGGAUAUGGUUACAGGAGUCAAGCCCUGGUCUCCAAUAUUCCACAAUGAUAUUCACCUUCAAAACAGUAUAAUCACUGCAUUGCAACGUUUACAAAGGAAAGACUUGGAAAUAUACAAAAGACUAUGGAUUCUGAGUGUACUCGACAUACUUCAAUCUUUAUUGCCAAGAGGGGAGCUCAACCCAAUCAGAGGAGAUCCGAAAACAGGUAGUGUCUGCCGAGGAGGAUUGGAGCUUUUUCUGUUGAAAGGACUUGACUACACACCUAGGGUCAAGAGUUUCUUAAACAGGAGGAUAGAAUUUUUUCCGGUAGAUGGAGCUGUGGCUGAAGCUCUGAAGCGAGUCGAAUUGAUUGCGGACAUCAGAGGUUACCUUCGAUACCCAGAAAGAUCCACACCUACACUUAAAAAUCUACACGACCAACUACUUCUCAAUAGGUCUUUAGCCGAAGGAAACAUUUUGGAGUCAUUGAUAUCCCAAUUACUGCAAUUUAAGAUUGUUGAAAACACAACACGUCAAGAAAUGAGAUUUAUAUAUCAGAUCAUGGAACAUCUGGAGCUCUUUUAUCCAGACGCCAAGCAGUUUGCUGUCACAGAAGCUCUAGAGCGACUCGAGCUGAUCAUGAAAACUAAAUACUACCGUCAUGACUACCUAAGCCACCAAGAGACAUACCCGGAAAUGAUAAAGGUAUACAACACAUUUAUUCAAGUGGAAUCUGUGGACAACGCAAAAAUUGUGAAGGAUUCUGCAUUGCAAGUUUUGCAACACAUCAGUCUUAAAGCCAAGGCGGAAGGAGAUGUUGAAUGGCUGUAUCAAAUAUUGCAAUAUGUGGAGAGAGUAUACCCAAAUUCUCCAGAUGUUGCUAUCACAGAGAGUCUCGAGAGAGUUGAGUACAUUAUGAAGAUUAGAGAGUACCUCAAAGAUGCUGAAGAACACCGUCAAACACUUCAAGUCAUGAGGUUUUACAACCACUUACUUCCAACAAGCUCCUUGGUCGACACGGAAAUUGUCAAUUCAUUAGCAUUGGAAUGCAUGCAGUACAUGGUCCUCUUUAGUAAUUCAGAACAUGAUUUGGAAGCUUUCAAAUUUGUCAAUUCAAUAUUAAGUUAUCUGGAAAAGUUCCAUGAAUCUGCCAAACAACUUGUCAAAUCUUGGUCAUCAACCAAUGAACUAUUCAGAACAAUCCAAUUGGGGAUCCAAUGUCAAGUUGAAUUAAAACCCCAUCUUCUAACAUACGCCAAGCAAAAAGAUAAGGACCCAUACAUUAUGCUCCUUCUCUCGCCUUUCAAAGGUCGGCAUUUGGUAGAUUCAGCUUAUGUGAAACAAUGUCUACAUAAAUUGAAUAUCAAAGACUCUGCACUUGCAGCUAGUGAAGAAGGAAUAUCUGGUCUAGAUGUUUCAAAAGAGAAGUAUUACAAAAAUCAAGACUUUUUCAUCAAAAUGAUGUACAAAGCAAGCCCUUAUAUUGAAGGCCUUGAAGAAUACCUGAAAAGGCAUGUGUGGAAGAAUGAAGCAAGUGGUCAUUAUAGGUUUGUAUUGAGAGCUGCAGACAAAGAUGAAACUUUUGGGGAAAACAUAAUCCGGGAUGAAAAUUAUGCAGAAUGUGCUAUUUGCAAAAGUGAAUUUGUGAUGGGGGAAAACAUUGUGAAAUUGAAAUGUGGCAAUGUUCCCCACAUGUUUCAUAAAGAUUGUUUAAAUGAUUGGAUUGCAAGAUCCAAAGGUAGGAUCUUUAAAUGUCCUACAUGUAUGAAACCAACUAAAUCAGCACUUACUCAAGACCUUUUAGAUAAGCUGCGAGCACAUCACAAACACAUGUGUGAGAGCUAG